GCCCCUUCCCUACACCUUGCCCUAUGCAUGCCUUCCAUCUGGCUGUUCCUGAGCUAUAUCCUUUUAAAGGAAACUGCUAAUCUAAAUCUAUUCACACUGACUAAAACUGAAAGAUACUGGAAAAGUGACAAGCAGAGAAUUUUAAACUCGAAAUUUAGCAUCGCUGCCUGGGAACAACAGAGCCUUGGAUGGCAUAAACUACUCCUACAGACAAAGGCACUAUCCACAAUAAUCAACUUUUUGCUUUUAUUUCAACUGGAUAAUCCUGAUUAGAAAAGCUCCUGUGACAAAAUUCAAGAAAAUCUGAUAUAAAUGAGUAACAACACAACAUGCAUUCAUCCAUCCAUGAUCUCCUCCAUGGCUUUGCCAAUUAUUUAUACCUUCCUCUGUAUCAUUGGUCUCUUUGGAAAUUCUCUCUCUCAAUGGGUAUUUUUAACAAAAAUAGGUAAGAAAACAUCAACGCACAUCUACCUAGCACAUCUUGUGACCGCAAACUUACUUGUGUGCAGUGCUAUGCCUUUCAUGGGUAUCUAUUUCCUGAAAGGUUUUCAGUGGGAAUAUCGAUCUGCACAAUGCAGGGUGGUCAAUUUUUUGGGAACUCUAUCCAUGCAUGUAAGUAUGUUUGUCAGCCUCUUAAUUUUAAGUUGGAUCGCCAUAAGCCGCUAUGCUACCUUGAUGAAAAAGGAUUCCAUGCAAGAGACCAGUUCAUGCUAUGAGAAGCUAUUUUAUGGCCAAUUACUGAAAAAAUUUCGCCAGCCCAACUUUGCUAGAAAACUAUGCGUUUACAUAUGGGGAGUUGUACUAGGCCUAAUUAUUCCAGUUAUCAUAUACUACUCAGCUGUAGAGGCUACAGAAGGAGAAGAGACCCUGUGCUACAAUCGGCAGAUGGAACUGGGAGCCGUGAUCUCUCAGAUUGCAGGCCUCAUUGGAACCACAUUUAUUGGAUUUUCAUUUUUAGUCGUAGUAACAUCAUACUACUCUUUUGUCAGCCAUCUGAGAAAAAUAAGGACCUGUACGUCCAUUACGGAGAAAGAUUUGACUUACAGUUCUGUGAAAAGGCAUCUUUUGGUCAUCCAGAGUCUACUAAUAGUUUGCUUCCUUCCUUAUAGCAUUUUUAAACCCAUUUUUUAUGUUCUACACCAAAGAGAGGACUGUCAGCAACUGAAUUAUUUAAUCGAAAUAAAAAACAUCCUCACCUGUCUUGCAUCAGCCAGAAGUAGCACAGACCCCAUCAUAUUUCUUUUUUUAGACAAAACAUUCAAGAAGACACUAUAUAAUCUCUUUACAAAAUCUGAUUCACCCCAUACACAAUCUGAUGGCUGACUUCUGAAUGGAAACCACCACCAAAUAGAAAAGUGUUCAUAUGACUCUAUUAGGGACACUAAACUACAUGAUUACCAGGUCAUAGCUUGGUUAAUAACAGGCACCGAGAAAGCCUCUUUGGCUUUAACAAAUACAUAAAUAAAUAAAUAAUCAUAUACAUCACUUUACAGUUCUACUUAUACUGAAAGCUGAGAUGGCAGAGACUUUCAGAGGCAAAAAUCAAGCAUAUUGAAAGGAUCCCACUGCUUCUGAAAGCCACAGACCAUUUUCUGUUUGAACUCAAUCGCGGAUGCUUCUAUUCAGAGCACAGUAUUUCACGACUGUAGGAUAAAAAAGCAAAUUGUUUAUGACUUCUGCUUUCUAGUUGUUAGAAUACAAAGGUCUAUCUACGGUUAGUGUCUUGUUGGGAACUUUAAAAAUGAGUAAAAAAAAAGUGAAUAAGAAAUUUCCUCAAGUAAGUCCCAUCUAAAUGAACAGGUAAAAAUCCAAGGUUGUAUAAACACAUUAUUCAUUUGGUAUUAUCUGGCUCAUGUUACUGGGAGAAGCAAUAUUCAUUGAUUCUAAUAUUUAUUAAACAGAUGUUAUUUAUAAAUAUGCUUAAAUAUUUGGAUUAGGUGUUGUCAAAAUAAAAAGCUAAAACAAUGCAUUAAAUGCCGAUCUCCAUCACAUUUUGCAUAUUUUCCUCUGUAUUCAAUAUAAAUAAUGUUAUUAAUGACAAACAGUACCUGGCAUGUAGAUAUGUUCAAUUACUUUUUGUGAAAUAAAUGACUAAUAAGGCAGUAUAAUAGUAUGGGCGUUGAGAGAUGGUCUCUGCAGUUAGAUUCCCUGGGUUCACUCCCAGGCUCCACCUCUUACUUAGCCGAACAAUCUCAGGCAAAUUACUUACCCUCUUUAAGUGUUAAUUUCUUCAUUUGUAGAAUAGAAAAAUACUACGUAAUUCAUAGGUACUAUUAUUAAAUCAGAUGAUGUUACUUUUUAUGAGUAGCUAUCAUUUACUAGGCACUCUGCUUAUAUGCUUUACGUGUAUUGUUUUAAUCAUCACAAUC